AUGAAUAGUGAGGAGGAUCAGGUGGUCCCUGAAGAUGAAUUCACGCUUUCUAGUAUGCGGAGUACUCCAUCGCGGCAGCAAAACGAUGAGCAAACCGAUCAGGAAGGUGAGAAGUCUAGGGACGAUAUUCUAGGCAGUGAAUGCAGACCCCCCGAGAGCGAUCUAUCUUCGAGAAUAAUCCUGGAUAACACCAUCCCUUGUGGUGAAUAUGGUAAGAACAUCAGUCCUGAGCAUCGAAUACCACUGCUGGUAGAAAUCGAAAGCUAA